AGCCCUGUGCUGUAGAUGCCCCUAACCCAAUGAGAACAACAACAGCGUCAGCUGAGAUCUCGAGGCAUCGUGAGGGGAAGCAGUGAGUUUGAUAGUGUGAGAGACACCUACGAGUGUGAGAGACUCCUACGAGAGUGAGAGAAGCCUGCGUGUAGGUUUAGGGAGAAGAGUGAGGUAGAGAACCAUGGCAAACAGCGGGGAGGACCAACCACUACCACCCGAGAUCAUCCGUCUGGUUAGUACUGGCGAUGUCCAAGGGAUCCGGAACUUACUACUGACGGGGGAGGCGAAGGUGGACGACACGGACUCCAGCGGCAUGACCCCGCUACAUCACGCCGCCUACAAGGGCAACUCAGAGCUCUGCAAGAUGUUAAUAGCACACGGAGCAGAUGUAAAUGCUGACAGCCACGACCAUCGCUAUUAUGCACUACAUUUUGCUGCACUUUCUGGAAACAUAGAGACUGUGCAACAGUUGUUGACAGCUGGAGCAAAGACGUAUCAUACCAAUACGCUGGGUAGAACUGCCACACAAAUGGCAGCAUUUGUGGGAAACCAUGCAGUAGUAGCACUCAUAAACAAUUACUUACCUAUGAGUGAUGUGAUGCAAUAUACUGUACCUACUGGGCUUGAAAAAGAAGCAAAGCUACCCGUUUCAGUUGCUAAGCCUCUCUAUGAUCUUAUUAUGCAGGUAAAUCUUCACCCAGUACGGAUUGCCUUCUUUGUGGAAAAUUCGGAAGAGCUUCAGAAUAACAUCACAAGUGCCUGGAAAGUUUUGGAAAUCAUGUGUGAGAAGGAGAGCAAACGGCCAGCGAAUAUUAAUGAGGUUAUUUGCAUGAAGUUUCAUUAUCUGGCAUUUGUUUUAAAGACUUUAGAAAAGGAACUUGGAAAACUGGAGCCUAUGUUGAAACAAGAAAAAUCAGUAAAGGACAAUUCAAUAUUUGAAAGCAUCAUCAGAAAAUGGCUAAGGGGACGUCAAAUGGAUGGAUUUGAGGAACAUCUGGAGUAUUACAUUAGAGAUGCAAUAAAGUCCUUCCCAUUCGUUGAAAUGCCAUUAUUUAUGCAAUUGGCUAGAAAUAUAACCGGAGGCAACAUUGGAGAUUCAUCUGCUCUCUGUAUACUUAGUGGGUGUAUAAAUGGACAACGAGCUUUCAAUGAUGAUAAAGCCUGUUCAACAUGUGGUCAAGAAGUUAAAAACUUAAAAAAGUGUUCAAACUGCAAGAUGACACAAUACUGCAACCGUUGUUGCCAGAAGCUUCAUUGGCCAAUUCACAAAAAGUUCUGUGAAAAACUUAAGGCAGAAUAUAAAAAGCAAGAAAAACUGGAACAAGAAAAAGAAGAGAGAGAGAAUGUGGAGAAAAAAGAGGAUAUGGAGCUGAAAAUGAAAGAUCUAAUUAAAAGUCAGGAUGAACAACUUGCAAGUCAAGCAAAAGAGGUAGUAAUUACUUAAAUUUUUUGCACUGUAUUCUAUGAGAUCAUAUUGACGUUAUGUUUAAUAAAUGAUGUUGAUGUGAUCGCACUGAAGCACUAAAUGAAACUUGUUCUUAGAGAAGUUGUCUUAUAUUGGGAUAACUCUUCUGCUGCACCAUUUAUUUAUCUUCAAGCUACUUCCCAUAUGUGACUUUUAAAAAAUUCUAUGAAUAAUUCAAGCUUAUGCAGUUUCCUUCAUAAGUAUUAGUACUGUAUUAGAUAAAACUAUGGUGAUUUUUAAAUUACAAAACUCUAGGUGCCAAAGUUUGGCUGUGAUAGGCCCAAACAGAUGGAUUUAAUCUCAAAGUACCCUGAAAAAAAUGUUACAAUGACAUACAAAAUUCUAGUUAUAAUAAUAUGGGUGUAGUGGAUGAAAAUGAGGUGUGCCCGCAUUGAAACAAAAACAAAAUAACAGUUCUAAUCAACAAAAAUUCUAGUUAUAAUAAAAAAAAAUCAAAAAUCCUAAAAUUCAAGUUUUACAAAUACUGUACACAUUGACACUUUUGCUCGUCGGCGUACAGUCUGCAUUCAUUAUUGUAUCAUCACUAAUUGCGUCCAAAAUUUUUCUCACGGACGUACGCCGGGAGCGCAGGUUUCAUCCCAAAUUAAAAUAGUUGUUAAAAUUCUCAUUUUUAUCUGAUCAUUCUGGGACUGGUUUUAAAAUGAGCAUCUUUAGAUUGUGCACAAUUUGAUACCAUAAUGAACGAUGUAGCGCAACAAUUGAGGUCAGAACACUGGAAAGAUUAUGAAUACUUUUGUGGUGAUGAGUGUCAAAAAUUAAAAUAUUUGUUAAAAUUCCA